ACUACAGGAGAGGAGAGUUGAGAGAAAGUGUAUCGGCCACUGAGCUGCUCGUCUGGCUUUGGAAGACAGCACAAAGGAUUGCUAACUCUGUGCCCUGAACUCCAGCUCUGAUUUAUUGAGAAAAGACUACCUUGUAUACUAGUGCACCUAACAGCACAUGCUUUUGACAGGAAAGAAAGAAAGGAGCUUCUCUGUUCCCAGCAUUUCCUACUCUUUCUGUAACCAGUUUACUGAAUGCAUUGUGUUGCUUUAUUCUCUAAAGAGAAGUUGCAAAAAAAGUGCUUUUCCUCCUUCCUGCCUGGUUUGUGCAAUCUGCUGAUAAAACGUGGCUGCUAUGCAAGCUGUGAUCCCCUCCAGCCUGGCCUUUCAGAUUGGCUGCUCCCCCGUACCCCAGAAGAGCGCUGGCACAACCGGGGCUCCUGGCGGGAUCUACUCAGCCAUUCUGAGCAGAAACUUCCCGAUCAUCGACAAGAGAUACAAAAAUUUCCUGGAGCUCCGCGACAAAUACUUAAAGAAGAACGUUCUGUUUGAAGAUCCAGUGUUCAAGGCAGAUGACACAUCUCUGUUCUACAGCCAGAAACUCCCCAUCAAGUUUGAGUGGAAAAGACCGUCUGAGAUCUGUGAGAAUCCACAGUUCAUCAUCGGAGGAGCCAACAGGACUGAUAUCUGCCAGGGGGAUCUAGGGGACUGCUGGUUCCUGGCUGCCAUCGCCUGCCUGACUCUCAAUGAGAAGCUGCUCUAUCGAGUUAUACCUCCAGACCAGUCCUUCACAGAGAACUACGCUGGCAUCUUCCACUUCCAGUUCUGGCGAUAUGGCGACUGGGUGGACGUUGUCAUUGACGACCGGAUCCCCACCCUCAACAACCAGCUGGUGUUCACCAAGUCUGCGGAGAGGAAUGAGUUCUGGAGCGCCCUGCUGGAGAAGGCCUAUGCCAAGCUCCACGGUUCCUAUGAAGCACUGAAAGGAGGCAACACCACCGAGGCGAUGGAGGAUUUCACCGGGGGAGUGACAGAGUUCUUCGAGAUGAAGGAGGCUCCUAAAGAGUUCUUCAAGAUCAUGAAGAAAGCUCUGGAGAAGGGCGCACUCAUGGGCUGCUCCAUCGACGAUACAAUGGGGCCGACACCCGGGGUAGCCCCUCCCAGUAUGAUUGGGAAGAUGAUUGAACGGAUGCUCAGUGACUCCGGGCAGGGGGGUGAUAGCAGAAAACCUGGGGAGCAACCAACAGGGUCCUUGGUUCCAGUUCGGUUUGAGACACGUACCGGCACUGGAUUGGUUAAGGGCCAUGCCUACUCUGUGACUGGGGUGGAGGAUAUCCAGCACAAGGAGACGAGGGUGCGUCUGGUCAGGCUCAGGAACCCCUGGGGGCAGGUGGAGUGGAAUGGCCCGUGGAGCGACAACUCCAAAGAAUGGGCUACGAUCGAGAAACAUGAGAAAGAACGUCUGCAGCAACAGAGUGCUGAGGAUGGAGAGUUCUGGAUGGCGUUCGAAGAUUUCAAGAAGAACUUCACUAAGAUCGAGAUCUGUAACCUGACUCCGGACAGUCUGGAAGAAGAUAAGCUCCACAAGUGGACGGUGUCGGUGAACGAGGGCCGCUGGGUGCGGGGCUGCUCCGCUGGGGGCUGCCGGAACUAUCCAGACACGUUCUGGACAAACCCGCAGUACCGACUGCGUCUGCUAGAGGAGGAUGACGACCCCGACGACAACGAGAAAAUCUGCACCUUCGUCGUGUCGCUCAUGCAGAAGAACCGCAGGAAGGAGCGCAAGAUGGGGGCUAAUCUCUUCACCAUUGGAUUCGCCAUUUACGAGGUUCCCAAGGAGAUGCAUGACAACAAGCAGCACAUGCCCAAAGACUUCUUCUUGUUCAACUCCUCCAAGGCGCGCUGUAAGUCGUACAUCAACCUUCGGGAGGUGACUCAGCGGUUCCGGCUGUGCCCCGGGGAGUACGUCAUCAUCCCCUCCACCUACGAGCCCCACCAGGAGGGCGAGUUCCUCCUCAGAGUCUUCUCUGAGAAGAGGAGCACCUCAGAGGAGAUUGAGAACAAGAUCGAGGCCGACCAUCCCGUGCUGCCUAAGAAAAAGCAGAAGCCAAUCGUCUUUGUUUCUGAUAGAGCUAAGGCCAAUAAGGAGCUCAACACUGACGACUACAUGCAGGAAGAGGAGACAAAGACAAUGGGGAAGAAGAAGCCGGCCCCUGCCUCUGCUGGAGAGGAGAGUGAAGAGGACAAGCAGUUCAGGACUAUUUUCAAACAGAUCGCAGGAGAUGACAUGCAGAUCACGGCUCACGAACUGAAGAAUGUGCUCAACAGGGUUGUUUCAAAGCACAAGGACCUGAAGACAGACGGGUUCAGGCUGGAGUCCUGCAGGAGCAUGAUCGCGCUCAUGGAUACUGACGGCACAGGCAGACUGAACCUGCAGGAGUUCCACCACCUCUGGAACAAGAUCAAGCAGUGGCAGGGCACUUUCAAACAUUACGAUGCUGACCAGUCAGGAACCAUCAGCAGCUAUGAGAUGCGCAAUGCUGUCAAUGAUGCAGGAUUCCGUCUCAAUAACCAGCUGUAUGACAUCAUCACCAUGCGCUACGCGGACGAGAAGAUGAACAUCGACUUCGACAGUUUCAUCUGCUGCCUGGUGCGGCUGGAGGGGAUGUUCAGAGCAUUCCAGGCCUUUGAUAAGGACGGUGACGGAGUGAUCAAGCUCUCUGUGCUGGAGUGGCUGCAGCUGACCAUGUACGCCUAGACUGCAGGGAGCAGCGUGUGAGAGGGGUCAUCCCUCCAAAGAGACCGCCACUCCACAAUCUGUACCUCAUCCUACCAGUCCUCUCUCUGUGUGCCAAGUCCACCUCAAUUACCCUUUCCUUUAACCACCCUAAAGGGGGCCAAAGCCUCCCCUGCUUCAUAGAUGUGUGACCUGAUCCAGUCUCCACACUGCAGUCCACUGGCCAAUCUGGGCAUCGCAGGAAAUAAUUCAUCCAGAGCUGUACAAAAACUCUAUGGUAGUGAUAGUGCUGGGACAAAUAUUAAAAUAUUCAAACUAA